UACAAACACACCAUCUAUAUAUUUAACAAGCUUCCGUGUUGUUUCGGCAGCAGAAAGAGAGAGAGAGAUGGGUGGUGUUAGUGGUAAGCUGGUGUGGGUGUUGCUCGUGAUGUGCUCCUCAUGGCUGAUCGCCGCUGUUCAUGCCCAGCAAGCGGCAACAACUGAUCCAAUCGAAGUGGCGGCGCUGGAGGCGAUCCUGGGGAGAUGGGGCAAGACGACGUCGCCGCUGUGGAGGAUGAGCGGCGAGCCAUGCCGCGGCGUCCCCGUCGACGGCAGCACCGACCUCGACGGCAACCCCAAGAACAACCCCGGCAUCAAGUGCGACUGUUCCUACAACAGCGGCACCGUCUGCCAUAUUACCCAGCUGAGGGUAUACGCAUUGAACGUUGUCGGUCAGAUACCUGCAGAAUUGCAGAACCUCACCUACCUAACUUACUUGAACCUGGAUCAAAAUUACUUGUCAGGCCCCAUACCAUCAUUCAUUGGGCAAUUGACUGCCUUGACAGAAUUGCACGUGGGAUUCAAUCCACUCUCAGGAUCACUUCCAAAGGAACUUGGAAAUCUCACGAACCUCAAUUUGCUAGGCAUUAGUUUGACCAAUUUUUCUGGUCAACUUCCUGAAGAAUUGGGCAACUUGACCAAACUUCGACAAUUGUAUACUGAUAGUGCUGGGUUGAGUGGCCCAUUCCCUUCUACGCUCUCAAGGCUUAAGAACCUAAAACUCCUGCGGGCAUCAGAUAACAAUUUUACUGGAACAAUACCUGAUUUUAUUGGGAGCUUGUCUAAUUUGGAAGAUCUGGCUUUCCAAGGUAAUUCUUUUGAAGGACCGAUCCCAGCAAGUUUGUCUAAUCUAACCAAAUUGACAACCUUGCGGAUUGGUGAUAUUGUAAAUGGGAGCUCUUCAUUGGCCUUUAUCAGCAGUCUGACAUCUCUGGAUACCCUCGUACUGAGGAACUGCAAGAUAUCUGGAGACCUUGGAGCAGUAGAUUUUUCGAAGUUCGCAAACUUAACUUUCCUGGACUUGAGUUUUAACAAUAUCUCAGGGAAUGUUCCUAAAUCAAUUCUGAAUCUACAAAAGCUUAUAUUCCUGUUUCUUGGCAACAACAGCCUAACAGGAGAAUUGCCAGAUGGGAUAAGCCCUUCGCUAACGAACUUAGAUUUCUCAUACAACCAGCUCACUGGUAGCUUUCCCUCCUGGGUUACCCAGAACAAUCUGCAAUUGAAUUUGGUGGCAAACAACUUUAUUCUUGGCAGCACCAACAUUGGCAUGCUACCUCCAGGGCUAAACUGCCUCCAGGAAGAUACUCCAUGUUUUCGUGGUUCUCCAAAAUAUUAUUCCUUUGCGGUAGACUGUGGUAGUAAUAGAUCUAUCAGAGUUUCGGAUAAUACUAUGUACGAAUUGGAUUCCACAAACCUUGGGGACUCAUCAUAUUAUGUUACAAGUCAAACAAGAUGGGGCGUUAGUAAUGUAGGAAAAUUAUUCCAGGCCCCAAAUGACAGUAAGAUAAUACAUAGUGGUGAGAAGAUCCAGAAUGCAGUGGAUUCAGAACUAUUCCAAACUGCAAGGAUGUCGCCGUCGUCUCUGAGAUACUAUGGCCUUGGACUUGAGAAUGGAAAUUACACCGUUCUGCUUAAAUUUGCAGAGUUAGGUUUUCCAGACACGCCAACUUGGCAAAGCUUAGGAAGGAGAUUUUUUGACAUAUAUAUCCAGGGUGAACUAAAAGAAAAGGACUUCAAUAUAAGAAAGAUGGCUGGUGGAAAAUCUUUCACUGCUGUUUACAAGAGUUACACAACAACUGUGUCAAAAAACUUUCUUGAAAUCCAUCUAUUCUGGGCUGGAAAGGGCACUUGUUGUAUUCCUAUUCAAGGUUACUACGGACCAUUGAUCUCAGCAUUAAGCAUCACUCCAAAUUUUAGUCCUACUGUGCGAAACGGUGUACCCAAAAAGAAAAGUAAAGCAGGUGCAAUUGUUGGGAUUGUGAUUGCUGCCUCGGUUUUAGGAUCAGCUAUCUUAUUCGGAAUAUUUAUGGUCAUAAAGAAGAGAAGAAGAAUGGCAAAACAGCAAGAAGAAUUAUACAACCUAGUUGGACAGCCUGAUGUCUUCAGUAAUGCUGAACUCAAGUUAGCUACAGACAAUUUCAGUUCUCAAAACAUUCUUGGGGAAGGUGGAUAUGGUCCAGUCUAUAAGGGUGUGCUACCUGAUGGAAGAGUUAUAGCUGUAAAACAACUUUCCCAAUCAUCCCAUCAGGGCAAAAGUCAGUUUGUGACAGAGGUUGCAACUAUUUCUGCUGUGCAACAUCGGAAUCUUGUAAAAUUGCAUGGUUGCUGCAUUGAUAGUAACACACCUUUAUUAGUUUAUGAGUAUCUUAAGAAUGGAAGCUUGGAUAAAGCAUUAUUUGGAAACGGUAGCAUAAAACUGGACUGGGCAACACGCUUCGAGAUCAUUUUAGGAAUUGCAAGAGGCCUAACUUAUCUUCAUGAGGAGUCGAGCGUGCGCAUUGUUCAUAGGGACAUCAAAGCUAGCAAUGUCCUACUUGACACAGACCUCACCCCAAAGAUCUCUGACUUUGGACUCGCCAAGCUUUAUGAUGAGAAGAAGACUCAUGUUAGUACAGGAAUUGCGGGCACAUUUGGUUAUCUGGCUCCUGAGUAUGCGAUGAGACGACAUUUGACUGAAAAGGUUGAUGUUUUCGCAUUCGGGGUGGUAGCACUAGAGAUUGUUGCUGGUCGGUCGAACACCGACAAUUCUCUUGAGGAAAGUAAGAUCUAUCUCUUUGAGUGGGCUUGGAGCUUGUAUGAAAAGGAGCAAGCACUCGGGAUUGUUGACCCAAGACUUGAGGAAUUCAGCAGGGAUGAAGUGUAUAGAGUCAUCCAUGUCGCACUCAUCUGCACACAGGGCUCACCCUAUCAGCGACCACCAAUGUCAAAGGUUGUGGCAAUGCUAACUGGAGAUGUUGAGGUGGCAGAGGUAGUGACGAAGCCGAACUACAUCACCGAGUGGCAGUUCAGGGGUGGGAAUACCAGCUAUGUUACCAGCCACUCAGGAUCAACUACCCCUAAGCUCAGCAGGCAGAAAGAGAUUGAUCCUCUCACUCAAUCACCAACAAUCACCGGAGUUAGCCAUGAGCAUGAGGGAAGGUGAAUGCAAAGUUGAAUAGAUGCAGGUGAUCUUGGUUUGAAGUGACAAUACUAUAUGCUAUUCGUGCUUAUGUGACUAUAUGUAAAUGUGAAUCAGAGCAAAUAGCGGAACUUAUUUAUUCUGAAGUCUGAACUAUGUGUCAUGAUGAUAAAAGUAUUGCUCCUUGUAAUUUGUAAUGGUGAAAUAUAGUGCUAUAUACUAGGAUGUUUGGAGUUGAUCA